AUGGCCCCGAAAAAGCAAGGCUUCAAAGUCAACGGCCUUCAUAGUUUCGUUCGAGGAUUGAUAGACAUGAAGGUCUGUGUAGAAUUGAGAGCAGGCACGUUCGCCGUAGGUAAGUAG